CUCCUCCCAUUCUUCUUCUUUCUUCACGGCAGAGAGAGAGAGAUAGAGGGGAGAGAGAGAGAGAGAGAGAGAGAGAGAGAGAGGAGAGAGCAGUGGAACGGAGAGAAAUCUACUGAUCGGGAUGGGUUCAAUUGCGCCGCCGAAGGAGACCAUUUUUCGAUCCAAGCUUCCGGACAUCGAGAUCAUCAACGACAUCCCGCUCCACACUUACUGCUUCGAGCGACUAGACCAAUUCGCCGACCGGCCGUGCGUCAUCGACGGCGCGACUGGCGCUGUGUUAACCUACUCCGAAGUGGAAGCCUCCGCACGCCGAUUUGCGGCGGGGCUUUACAGCGUCGGGAUCCGGCGGGGCGACGUGUUCAUGAUCCUCCUCCGCAACUCACCUGAAUUCGUCAUCGCGUUCCUCGCCGCAUCGUUUGGCGGAGCCGCCGCCACCACGGCUAACCCUUUCUACACUUCCGGCGAGAUCCAGAAACAAGCGGAAGGCGCCGGCGCCCGCCUUAUCAUCACCGAAUCCUGCUACGUGGAUAAGAUCCGGCAUUUAGCCGCGGAGCGCGGCGUCACUAUCGUGACCGUCGGCGACGGCCCCGCCCCGGAAGGUUGUCGCGCCUUCGCCGACCUCCUGGCGGCGGACCCCGGUGCGAUGCCGGCAGUCGAGUUCGAUCCGGACGAUGUGGUCGCGCUGCCCUACUCGUCGGGCACCACCGGGCUUCCCAAGGGCGUGAUGCUGACUCACCGGAGCCUGAUCACCAGCGUGGCCCAGCAGAUGGAUGGCGAAAAUCCCAAUCUGUAUUUCCACCCGGAUGACGUCAUCCUCUGCGUCCUGCCCCUUUUCCACAUCUAUUCUCUCAACUCCGUCCUCCUUUGCUGCCUCCGCGUCGGCGCCUCCAUCCUCAUCAUGCGGCGGUUCGAGGUCGGGCAGCUCCUUGACCUGAUCCAACGCUUCAGAGUGACAAUUGCGCCCUUUGUUCCGCCCAUCGUGCUGGAGUUCGUGAAGAGCCCACUCGUCGACAGCUUCGACCUCUCGUCAAUACGGAUGGUCAUGUCCGGGGCUGCUCCCAUGGGCAAGGAGCUUGAGGACAAAUUCAUGGCUAAGCUUCCCAAUGCUCUGCUGGGCCAGGGUUACGGGAUGACAGAAGCUGGACCAGUGCUGUCUAUGUGCUUGGCAUUUGCAAAGGCGCCAUUCGAGGUGAAGUCCGGUGCCUGUGGCACGGUAGUGAGGAACGCUGAGAUGAAGAUAAUUAACCCAGAGACGGGUGCUGUGUUAGGCCGGAACCAGCGUGGUGAGAUCUGCAUCAGAGGUGCCCAAAUUAUGAAAGGCUACAUCAAUGAUCCAGAGGCCACAAGGAACAUCAUAGAUGAGGAUGGAUGGCUGCACACCGGAGAUGUAGGCUAUGUUGAUAACGACGAUGAGGUGUUCAUCGUCGACAGGCUCAAGGAGAUCAUCAAAUUCAAAGGCUUUCAGGUAGCCCCAGCUGAGCUUGAAGCACUACUUGUUAUGCACCCUAACAUCUCUGAUGCUGCUGUAGUUCCGAUGAAAGAUGAAGCUGCUGGGGAAGUCCCUGUUGCCUUUGUUGUGCGGUCCAAUGGAUCAAAAAUCACUGAGGACGAAAUCAAGCAGUACAUCUCAAGACAGGUGGUUUUCUACAAGAGAAUCAACAAAGUUUUCUUCACAGAAGUCAUUCCAAAGGCCCCUUCUGGAAAAAUCUUGAGAAAGGAUCUAAGAGCGAAGCUAGCCGAGCAAUUCCCCAUCGGUCCAUUUCCAUGAUCGUAUCGACACAGUCAGUAUCUUCCCAUGGCACUCUCGCGCAAGAACAAGAAGUGGUGUAAUAUUCUCAACAUAGUUCAUGUUUCCAAGUCAUUCUUUUCGGUACUGUUUAUUAACGUUGUUAAUUGUUGAUGCGAAGGCUGGUUGACCCUCCGACUUCAGCUAUAGAUUUGAUUUUACUUGUUCUACACUUGGCGUUGUGUUUGUAAUGUUAAUGUGGAUAGAGAUAUGACUUUGCUAAAUGAAAGGUUGUUAUUAGUUGGUU